AUGUCAACACCACCAACACUCAAGCCGGAGGCUGCUGCGGUCCCUCUCGACUCGGCCGCACCCUCCGUUUGUGAUGCUAACAUUGGCUGUUCCGCGUCCAAUGAAGACCUCCUCUACGCCGAUGAGGCCGAGAAAGCUGCUCUUCACACGAAUACGGAGCAUUCUCUCACUUUCUGGUCUGCAAUCAAACUCCACUAUCCAGCUGUAUUGUGGGCACUGGUCGUCAAUCUCGCAACGCUCUGCCAGGGUUUGGACGGGCAGGUCGUCGGCGCCCUUGUGGGUAUAACCCCAUUUAAGCAACAAUUUGGCGUCCAGUACGGCGCCGAAUACAUCAUCCAAGCACACUGGCUGGGUGCCUUCAACUACGCCAACAAAGUCGGCUCCAUCAUUGGCGCAUUCUGUGCCGGAAUCGCGUAUGACCGCCUCGGCCUGCGGAGGGUCAUUGCCCUAAGUUCAGCUCUGUCGAUCUGCUUCGUCUUCAUUCAAUUCUUCGCCAAGCAGCCAGCGCAACUGGUCGUCGGGAUAUUGCUCAACGGCUGCGUCAUCUCGUUCUUCACCGUCUGCGCCACUGCCUACGUGGGCGAGGUGUGCCCUGUCGUCUUGCGCGGCUUUGCUGCCUCUGCCAUCAACAUGCUCCUUGUUGCAGGUCAGCUCAUCGGCUCCGGGAUCCUCAAGAUUGCCAACAACAUUCCAUCAGAAUGGGGCUACAAGUUGCCUAUCGCAAGCCAAUGGCCACUUCCCGCCAUCAUGCUUCUCUUCACACUCGGCUCUUUCUUGCCAGACCCUCCAUACUGGCUGUGCAAACGCGGAGAAUACAAGGCCGCAGAAGAUUCCAUCCGCCGCUUGGCCACCGACGAGGUUGAUCCUACUCUGAAGCUUAGCUUCGUCCGGGAGACGCUCCGCAUCGAGAACGACGCCAAGCAGGGCGCCAAGCCUAGAAUGCUGGAGUGUUUUCAAGGAACUGAUCGGCGCCGUCUCAUCAUCUGCCUUAUGACUUAUGCGAUCCAAGCCCUCGUUGGAGCUGUCGUUUUCCACGACUUUGCUGUCUACUUCUUCGAGCUCUCCGGUCUCAGCGCGGAGAAUGCCUUCAGUAUGAACGUUGGUGUCAACGCCAUCGGCUUUGUGGGUUCGUGCCUCGCGUGGUGGUUCCUCCAAUUUCUCGGCCGACGCAACGCUUACCUCUGGGGCUGCAUCAUCUUGGCAUGCCUUCAGGGCACAAUCGGUCUGUUGGAUUUUGCUCCUCGCCCAGCGUCUGGGACAGCUCCAUCAUCAUGGGGGCAGAGCGCGUUUAUCGUGAUGUGCAAUCUCGUCUACGACAUUACCAUCGGCCCUUACGGGUUUGUCCUGAUGUCUGAGGUGUCCUCAGCUCGGCUGCGAGGCUUCAACAUUGGGCUUUCAUCCGUAUUCUACCAGAUUUGUGCCAUCGCCUUGGCCGUUGCGGUACCAUAUCUCAUUAACGCGGACCAAGCCGCUCUUGGCGGGAAGAUUGGGUUUAUCUUUGCAGGAAUCGGUGGCUUGUGUGCACUAUUUUGCUUCUUAUGUCUUCCCGAGACAAAGGAUCGUACUUUCGAGGAGCUGGACCACAUGUUUGCCAUUGGGCUGCCGUCCAGGAAGUUCAAGGGCUUCCAAAUUGAACACCACGACGACAAGACGGAGGCAGAUGAACAGAAUGUUGGAGAGACGGAGAAGAACGGGGAAGGACAGCAAGACCCCGCGGGCCACUAA